UGGAGCCACAAAAAGAUUGUGAUGCGCCCAUCGCCGGAGCCUCGAUGACUCUAGUGAUCUCUCCAAGGACACGUUUUGAUAUCUAUGUAUAGUUGUAGGUCUGGUUGUAUAAUUGUGGUGUGUGUGAGGUGUGCGUGUGUGUAGUGUAGGUGUGUGUCUGUAUACGAACAGAUGCUACAGCUGUAUCCAGAUGAGAGGCUUCAAAAAAAUCGUCUCGAUCAAUUGCCGCCAGACAUGAGGAAGCCUGUGCUGUUUUUUCAGACGAAGCUCUCGGGACUCCAUCAUGGCGGUUUCCUCCAUCAGCUGCUCGCUCAAGCCUCCAUCUGCCGUCAAAGAAGCCAGCGCUCGCCUGCAGCCGUCGCCACCAGCAGCCACGACUACCCCGUGGUCGGGCGGGCUGCGCCGGGCGUGCGUCGUGAUCGCGACGGCGGCGCGGCCCUCGCGCGGGGCGGGGCGGCCGUCCCCAGGACCGCCGGCGACGACGCCGUGGCCGUGGACGCGCGGGCGCCGCCGCGGUGGAGCGACCGCAGGGAGUGCCAGCCGUGGCGGGCCAACUCGCUGGAGAACAUCGUGCCGGAGAACCUGCCCCGCCCGUCGGAGCGCCGGGGGUUCAACAGCAUCAGGGCGCCGGACAGGGCCCUGGCCCUCGCGCCCGAACCGGUGGCGCCCUUCCUGGCGCCGCACUCUGGCCUGGGCUGCUUCUCCCUCUAGGCAAGUAGCUGGCCCUGAUCACACCGCAACUCCACCCCGCAGCUGCAUUUCUAGAAUUCUAGGUGUAUUUGUAACUGGAAAGUGGGAUGAUUAGCUUAGCGAAAGGGGUUCAAUUCAAGAAAAUGUAUUGAUUCGUAUAGAUUUUAGAAAAAAAAAAUCAUUCUUGUGUUACGUUUCCUUCA